AUGCACCUCAUCGAAACAGUAGUGAGGGAUUUAUUCAAAGAGAUCACGGCCAAGUUCCAGAUACUAUCUACAGAAGGAGAGUUGGUGCCCGUGCGCAAGGAGGUCUACGAUGUGACGGGGCGUGAAACUGUGAUUGAUUAUCCUUCGUUGUCAGAUGAGGCAUUCCCGCGAUUGCAAUAUGACGAUGCCAUGGCCCUAUAUGGGUCCGAUAAGCCAGACCUGAGGAUACCGAACAAGAUUUGCCGAGUUGACUCCGUCCUUCCGAAGAACUUCGUGUCAAUGAUAUCUGAUGUUGAGAACCCCGCCAUCGACGCUUGCAAAUUCCGCCUUAACGGAUCCAUCAAAGAGAAUUGGGCAUUUGUUCGUGAACUUUGGGACUCCCUACCGACGUCCCUGGCUAAAAACCCCGAUGGUGCUCCAGCCGUGAUGGUUUUUGAUUCCAGCAAGCCCAUGUGUGGUCUGUCAGCUUUAGGCCACGAGGCCUUCCAGGAGAUCACUGGCGACGGCCAGAUUGCGGAAGCCCUUGGCGAUUUUGAAGAUGGUGACAUCCUCAUCACUCAGGCUCGCGAGGACAGGCCGUUCGAGGGUGGAUCAACAGCACUGGGAAAUGUCAGGCUUGCGUUCUACCAAGCUGCGGUCGAUAAAGGUCUUUUGGAGCGCGACGACAGCUUCAAAUUCCUGUGGGUGGUUGGUUUCCCGCUCUUCACACCCAACAACGAUGUCGAUCCGGGCCAGGGGGGUGCUUCAGGUUUCUCGUCCACCCAUCACCCCUUUACUGCGCCAUUGACAUCCAAAGAUUUUGAGCUUCUAGCGACCGACCCUCUUCGAGUAAAGGCGGAUCAUUACGACCUCGUGCUAAACGGCGUUGAGCUUGGCGGCGGUAGUCGUCGUAUCCAUGUUGCCGAAGUCCAAGAAUAUGUCCUCCGGGAUAUCCUCAAGAUGAGUGAUGAGGGCAUCUCACAUUUUUCACAUCUGAUUGAAGCCUUGCGAGCAGGCUGUCCUCCACACGCCGGGUUCGCCUUUGGCUGGGAUCGUCUAGUGGCGACACUCAGCUACACCAAGUCCGUCAGGGAUGUCAUCGCCUUUCCCAAGAACAUGAAGGGAGAAGACAUGAUGGCGAAAAGCCCGCUCAAGGUCACACCCGGGCAAUUGAGCACUUAUCAUCUUGCUCUUAAGGCUAAAUAA